AACACAGGAGGUCAAAGAUUGCACCCAGCCCGCCCCCUCCGGCAAUAAAGGAGAGCGGGUCACAGAGAGGCGGUGCAGAAGCGGGUCGGUCUGUGCUCCCCGCUACUCGCCACACACACCGGGAGGAUGAGGUUCGCCGUGGGCGCCCUGCUGGCCUGUGCUGCCCUGGGACUAUGUCUGGCUGUCCCUGACAAAACCGUAAGAUGGUGCGCAGUGUCCGAGCAUGAAAACUCCAAGUGCAUCAGUUUCCGUGACCACAUGAAAGCCGUCCUUCCAGCUGAUGGUCCCCAGCUGGCCUGUGUGAAGAAAACCUCCUAUUCUGACUGCAUCAAGGCCAUUUCAGGUAGUGAAGCAGAUGCCAUAACCUUGGAUGCUGGUUGGGUGUAUGAGGCAGGCCUGACUCCCAACAACCUAAAGCCUGUGGCAGCAGAGAUCUACGGGACACCUGAAAAGCCACAAACCUCCUACUUGGCUGUGGCCGUGGUGAAGAAGGAUACGGGCUUCCAGCUGAACGAGCUCCAAGGCAAGAAAUCCUGCCACACUGGCCUGGGCAGGUCUGCAGGAUGGAAUGUUCCCAUCGGCUUACUUUUCUGCAAUUUUCCGGAGCCUCGCAGUCCGAUUGAGAAGGCUGUGGCCAGUUUCUUCUCGGGCAGUUGUGUCCCCUGUGCAGAUCCGGUGGCCUUCCCCCAACUGUGUCAGCUGUGUCCAGGCUGUGGCUGCUCCUCUCUUCAACCGUACUUUGGCUAUACAGGCGCCUUCAAGUGCCUGAAAGAGGGAGGUGGUGAUGUGGCCUUUGUCAAGCAUACAACCAUCUUUGAGGUCCUGCCAAACAAGGCUGACAGGGACCAAUAUGAGCUGCUCUGUCCUGACAACACCCGCAAGCCGGUGGAUCAAUAUGAGCAGUGCUACUUAGCCCGGAUCCCUUCUCACGCUGUUGUGGCUCGCAGUGUGGACGGCAAGGAGGACUUGAUCUGGGAGAUUCUCAAAGUGGCCCAGGAACAUUUUGGCAAAGGCACAUCAAAAGACUUCCAACUGUUCAGCUCUCCUUUGGAGAAAGACCUGCUGUUUAAGAAUUCUGCCAUCGGGCUGAUAAGGGUCCCCUCAAGAAUGGACUACAAGCUGUACCUCGGCCAUAAUUAUGUCACUGCCAUACGGAAUGUACGGGAAGGGACAUGCCCAGAAAGCCCCAGCACCACCUCACCAGUGAAGUGGUGUGCUCUGAGUCACUAUGAGAGACUCAAGUGUGAUGAAUGGAGUGUUAACAGCGGAGGGCAAAUAGAGUGUGAAUCAGCAGAGACCACUGAGGAUUGCAUUGACAAGAUUGUGAAUGGAGAAGCUGAUGCCAUGACCAUGGAUGGAGGCUAUGCCUACAUAGCAGGCCAGUGUGGUCUGGUGCCCGUCCUGGCAGAGAGUUACGAGAGUGCUGAUUGUAAAUAUCGCCCAGAAGAAGGGUAUUAUGCUGUGGCAGUGGUGAAGACAUCCAACCGUGACAUCACCUGGAAUAAUCUGAAAGGCAAGAAGUCCUGCCAUACUGCAGUAGACAGAACUGCUGGCUGGAACAUCCCCAUGGGCCUGCUGUACGAGAGGACUCAAAGCUGCAAGUUUGAUGAAUAUUUCAGUCAAGGCUGUGCUCCUGGGUAUGAGAAGAAUUCCACUCUCUGUGACCUGUGUAUGGGCCCAAGCAAAUGUGCCCAGAACAAUAAAGAGGGCUAUUAUGACUACACAGGGGCUUUCAGGUGUCUCGUGGAGAAGGGAGAUGUAGCCUUUGUGAAACACCAGACUGUCAUGCAAAACACUAACGGAAAGAACACUGAAGCAUGGGCUAAGGAUCUGAAGCAGGACGACUUCAAGCUGCUGUGUCUUGACGGCACCAGGAAGUCCGUGGAUGAGUUUGCCAGCUGCCACCUGGCCCGAGCUCCAAACCACGUUGUGGUCUCACGGAAAGAGAAGGCAGCCCGUGUUAGCACAGUGCUACUUAACCAGCAGACUUUAUUUGGACACAGUGUAACUGACUGCACUAAGAAUUUCUGUUUGUUCUCAUCGAACACCAAGAACCUUCUGUUCAGAGAUGACACCAAAUGUUUGGUUAAACUUCCAGAUGGCAUCACAUAUAAAGAAUACUUAGGAGCAGACUAUGUCCAAGCUGUUGGUAACAUGAGAAAAUGCUCAACCUCACGUGAACACUCCCCCCACCCCCCAACCUGCAACUACCACUCCCGUGAUGCUCCGCGCCUCAUCGCAGCGCGGAGUCUAGGGCCACGUCGCAUAGGCGGACCGGGAAGACAACUCACCUUCCUCAUGGCUUCCGCGGAUACCCGGCGUGUGGGGGACGGCGCCGGGGGCGCCUUCCAGCCUUACCUCGAUUCCUUGCGGCAGGAGCUGCAGCAGAGGGAUCCGACGCUGCUCUCCGCGGCGGUGGCGCUGCUCGCGGUCCUGCUGACGCUGGUUUUCUGGAAGUUCAUCUGGAGCAGAAAGAGCAGUCAGAGGGCUGUUCUCUUCGUUGGGCUUUGUGACUCUGGGAAAACGUUGCUGUUUGUCAGGUUGCUAACUGGCCACUACAGAGACACACAGACUUCCAUUACCGACAGUUCUGCUGCGUACAAAGUCAACAAUAACAGGGGCAAUAGCCUGACUUUGAUUGACCUCCCUGGACAUGAGAGCUUGAGGCUUCAGUUCUUAGAUCGCUUUAAGUCUUCAGCCAGGGCUGUGGUGUUCGUGGUGGAUAGUGCCACGUUCCAGCGGGAGGUGAAAGACGUGGCCGAGUUUCUGUAUCAGGUCCUCAUCGACAGCAUGGGUCUGAAGAACACACCCUCCUUCUUAAUAGCCUGCAAUAAGCAAGAUAUCGCAAUGGCAAAAUCAGCAAAGUUAAUUCAGCAGCAGCUUGAAAAGGAACUCAACACCUUACGAGUCACCCGGUCUGCUGCUCCCAGCACACUGGACAGUUCCACUACUGCACCUGCUCAGCUGGGAAAGAAAGGCAAAGAAUUUGAAUUCUCCCAGUUGCCCCUCAAAGUGGAGUUCCUGGAGUGUAGUGCCAAGGGUGGACGAGGGGAUGCCGGCACUGCUGACAUCCAGGACUUGGAGAAGUGGCUGGCCAAGAUCGCCUGAGGAGCAGCCCUGGCUGCAAACCUUCAUCUGUGACUGACUGGCAGUUUGGGAAGGGCUGUGCUGGGGUGGAGCCGAUAAAGAGGGGCAGGGCAUGUGUCUGCAGCAUCUCCGGGUUCUAGGAACAGUUCUACCAGCUUGAGAGCACUUGUCCCUUCCUUUCAGCUCCUUUCUCAACUAGUCCUUCUUGUUUAAUUCUCCUGUUCUCCCUUUGGAAGGUGUAGCACUGCUUUAGUGUGUGACAGAGCAGAGAGGCCUUACCAUGAGAAUAGGCUUAUCUGGAAAGUUCUUGUCCUCUGCCUAUCUGCUUCGGUCUCUUUUCCUGGAACCAGACCUGCCUGUUUGUGGAACCAGUUAAUUUCCAGUUGCCCUUGAUAUUCUGGCAUAAGUCACUGUCUGUUCUUAGUGAAGUCUCAGGUGUAAAGGUAGUUACAAUGAAGACAGGUUCAGAACCACAGGGCACAGUUGACAGUGUGUUCUUCAUGGGCUCAGUGACUUAUCUCCAUUCCAGCUUGGGUUCAAAAGCCUGCUGGGAACUCCUAGAGUCACCCUCACAUGAUGGAUGUAAGAGCCAACUCCCCAGACACUCAUGGCUUAGUGUGUUCUAGAGGAACUGGGAGAGCCGGGAGACGGUAUGCUGCUGCCUCUGGGGUGGUGAGGCCCUGCCCGGGCUGUCUGCCGGUGCUACUUGGUCAGCUCCUGUUAUGUCUGCCACCUCAGCUCAGAUGCUGUGGAACAACACAAACAGAGAAGUCCACUGUAUAGAUUUUUAAGUAUGUAUUCAUUCAUGCUUUAAAAAAAUUUGCCUUUUCAAAGUAA